CCUCGCUAUUGUUCAAACGGUUGUUUACUCUGCAAUUAAAAUAAGUACAUAGCAUGCAUCUAUGCCAAUUACAGACAUUGGUAUUUCAAUUAUAGAGCAAUGCUUUAGAACGUGUGACUACUUCACUGUUCCAUUAGUUAUAGCGCCGGGAGCUCUGCCUGACACUUUAUAAGGAUAAUAUAUCUAUGUUAAAUUGUUAACAUUUUGAAUUAUAAUCGUAACCUAAAUGAUACAAAGAAUGUGCAUUUCAAUGAUAUAACACGGAAGAUACAAGUAGAUUCUUUUUAAUGUUGGACUGAAUUAUACGCGUUACUAGUGUUGCUUUGUGAACCCAACUGGAAUAAACCAUUUUUUAUUAAGAAUAAUGAAUGUAUAUCAAAUAAGUUAUUAUAUGAUGGAGAAGUUGAUAACUGGAAUAGAUUUGGACGAAAGUGCACUUGGACGUGUUUUCUCUAUGUCGGAGAUGUCUUCAAAUCACUUUUAAGGGAAUGAAGAAUAAAGGAAAACAAUUACAUAAAGAUGAGGUAUUCGAAGGAGAGCUGGCGACUUCCACGCACCGGGCGGCUGCGGAUGGCGACACCCAACUGCUUGUGGCGGCCGUCAAACUAGAUCCGGAGUCGUUGCAACAGAAAGAUAACGACGGUUACACACCACUAGCUCACGCGGUCUUGGGUAAGCACCUUUCAGCCGUCAAGCGCCUAGUGAAGAUGGGUGCAGACGUCAACGUUCAGGAUGCACGAGGACGCACCUGUUUGUCGGUUGCUGCGUACCAGGGGUGGACGGAGGGUUUGAUCUACCUCCUGAGGAAGGGUGCCCGUCAGGACAUUGUAGACAAGGCCGGAAGAACGCCCCUACAUGCCGCAACCUACGACACCGAAGUCAAGCCGCUAGUGACGUUGAUGAAACGCUUGACACCGGAAGAGGUUAACGUCAGUGACAAUGAGGGGAUGGCUGCUUUACAUUGGGCUGCAUUUCACGACCGUCCGGAUCAUGUGCGACAGCUUUUACAUUAUGGGGCGACAAUCUCUCGUGGUGACAUCGACGGCAAAACCGCGCUCCAUUGGGCUGCCCAAAACGGAAGUCGCGAAUGCUGCCUGCAUCUUCUUCACGAGCCAGGGGGCGGUUGCGACCUGACGUCACAGGCAGACGGCCGGGGUAAGCUUCCGGUCCACUUGGCGACCGCUGCCGGCCAUCACGUGAUCUUACAGGACUUGGCUGAAGUGGCGCCACAUCUGUGUGAGGCAGGAGAUAAUGAGGAAAGGACACCGCUGCACUGGGCAGCCGCCACAGGCCACGCCUCAUGUGUAAAGGUUCUGCUGGGCAUAGGGGUGUCGCCCGAACCCCAGGAUAUGGACGGCGUUACGCCCCUGGAGUACGCUUCCAACGCUGGCCAUACUGAGUGUAAAACGCUAAUCAUAAACAGGCUGCGACUGGACGUCCCUCCAACGAGUGAUAAAGCCUCUUAUAGCGGUGACGGGGGAGGAGGAUUUUUCCGGGGUCUCUUCAGCAAGAAAAAACAGGUUAAAGACGCCAAGAAAGUGCCUUCUAUAACCGUACUACCUGACGCCGUAACAACGUCACGGCCGACUGAACAUGGUGGUAAACGUCAAAAGCCUAAUGCUGCUUUAGGGCAAUCAAAGACAGUGAGCAUUUCUGUGGGGGAAAGUGGCAUGAGAAAAUCGGUGGCAGGCGGACCAGUUGAAGAUGUUGAGAGAUUGGAAGGCCCCAGUAGGACCAAGAAGAAACAGGGGAGGCACAAAAACAGCGAUGUCGAAUCAUCAACAUCUCUUCAUAGCCAUGGUACAGACAAACUCAUGAAAGACAACGGAAGCAUAUCGACAACCAGCAGGGGCAUUCAUUUAUCUCCCCUGGGAGGUUACAUACCACCCGCAUUUUCACCCACUUUUUCACCUUCUCCGCUUUUUGGGGAGAGAGAUCCUCAACUAAAGCGGCUUGGGGAAUUGAAACCACUUCGGAUUGACAGACUUAUGAAUGACCGGAUGGACAUACCCCUUCUCCCACCUAAUGACGCGAGGACGAGGCUUGAUCCAGAAGACAUCUCCCCCACCCCCGGGCUUAACACAUCAUCACCUCCAAAGAAAACUGGAAGAGCAAUUCUACCGGAAAUUGGCGGAACUUCUUUACCAGAGGACACAAACGAAACCAGCGACAACAAGAAAAAGAAGAAAAAGAAACACAGGAAAGAAAAAGUAACACCCGUUCCAAUAGAGGACAGAUUUUUCUCAAAAUUCGCUCAAAAUUCUUCAGCAUUAAAACCCGAAGUCAGCGUGAACGAGUAUGAGAUUGAGAGAGAACGUAAACCAAGUGAUAAAGAGGGAAUUCAAAACAGAGAGGUGGAGGAGUUCAUUGAUAAACUGGACCUUUCAGAUUUGUGACCUUUAUUUCAUAUAUUUGCCUCAUUCGUUGUUUGUUUCUGUGUAUCUUUAUUUGUCAUAACAUGUUAAAAUACACAUUAUAUUCCAAAGGU